GCAGAACUGUCCAGGGCAUUCAUGUCGGCGUUUGCUUGUUUGCGGGAUUUUAUCCGAGAAUGGGUCGACGACGUCAGAUGGAAGACAUCCAUGAACAACGAUUACUACAUCACCCUGGGAUGUUGGAAUCCCUUGGAGCGCCGGGGACGGACUCAAAGGUGGGAAAGAGGCAUGAUGGCCUGGCAAGACAACUACAGAGUCAGCCACAUCGCCUUUGGCAUUCCUAUUCUUGAUGAGAACACAAUGUAUCCCUUCUUCCAGGAACGCUACCACAGCGACUGGGCCGCCGUCGACCAGCUUCUCAGCCGUUCAUGGUGGAACCGCACGUGGGUUGUUCAGGAGGUUUGGAGCGCAAGCGCGAAGUUAUUGAGAACGUCGCGCCGCUACGGCGCUUCUUCAUAGCAAAGAAAAGACAGCUUGCCUGCCUUGGCCCGUCCUCGGUGCAGCCCGGUGACAAGGUCUCCGUCAUUGCCGGGUGCAAUUUCCCCGUCUUCCUCAGAGAGAGCACCCCCGGCCCGAACGGCGAGACGGGUAUGUCCGAACUGGUCGGUGAGGCCUAGGGUCAGUCUUUGCUGGAAGAACACCACACAGAAACUUGCUGACAGAUAUCCUAGUCGACGGCAUCAUGACUGGCGAGGCUAUUGCGAAGAUGAAGGCACCCGCCUGGUGGGAGAGGCUUGCUUGAUGGCUCCCGUCGAAGGAGGUAAGGUGGCCCGAGGCAGUCAAUCAUUAGCAGCCGGUAAACUUGAUGUACAUGGACGAUGAGUCGACACUUCUAGACAGUUAAUGCCUCACGUUAGGAUAGUCCGUUGACGGAGGCAUUCCCCAGUAGAUGCGUUACACUAAACAGCAAAUCGAGUGGAUAUCGUGUUCCUCGCC